CAUGCCCUCAGAUGCUCUUAGAUCCAUCCAACCUAAACUGAGGUCAUCAAGCUGCAUGCAGUAUAGGUUUUGUGGCACUUGGAGUGGAGUGUCAGCCUGAGAGAGGCUCUGAGAAAAAUGUAAAUAAGAAGUUACAGAUCUGAAGAUAAUGUGGGGAGUAUUGUCGAACCUGUGUCAGACGCAGUAUAAAUGCUUUUGCCUGUUUGCUUGGAGAGUGACUUCCAGCAGAAGGACCUGAAUGAACUGUAGGCACACCGGUCAGAUGAGGUGGAGAGUGACCGAUAGAAUGGUUCGCUUGCUGACCGCCACGCCUUCUCGUGCUUUGAUGGACGAGCAGAUUGUUCUGAAGGGCCAUUACCUGCCCUGCAACUCACCUGUAACCUUUCGAGCACGGAUGCGCUGUGAAAACGGAAACUUAUGGGAAUCCAUGUCUCAUUACCACACUGAUGAGAACGGGGAUGUUGACUUGACCAGGGAUUCGUCUAUGGGCGGCUCAUACAUUGGUUGUGAACCAAUGGGACUCUUUUGGAGUCUGCAGCCUGCACGUGGACAGGAAGAAGGUCUAAGAUUACGGAAGAAAAAUGUGGACACUCCAUAUACGGUACAUGUGACCAUGCUGGAAGGCCACAUUUUAUUGCGUGAUUCCUCUGAAGACGAAGAGAUGAUAGGAAAGCAGGAGCUGGCCACUGUCACAGUGCAGCGCUGGUACAAGGCCCCGGGGGUCCAGAGAAUAGAAAUAUGUCAGAACCAAGUUGUGGGAACCUUGUUUCUGCCUCCAGGUCCAGGUCCGUUUCCUGGAGUUUUGGACCUGUGGGGAAUUGGCGGAGGCCUGGUGGAGUAUCGAGCAGCUUUGUUCGCCUCUCGUGGUCUGGCUAGCCUGGCAUUGGCCUACUUUAACCAUAAAGACAUUCCAGGCCCCCGAAAUCACUUCACUGUUGGAGACUCCUAUUUCAAGGCAGCAUGGCGUGUUCUUCAGGACCAUCCACAGGUGUGUGGUAACAGGAUGGCCAUUAUAGGCCUUUCGUUUGGGGUCUUCAUAGCCCUGCGGAUGGCCAUGUAUCCUUCAGUCAGUCCCAAAUGUGUGGUGUGCAUCAACGGGCCUUUGGGGGUUUACAACAGCUUAGCCAACGAAGACCGACUUACUUGUGAUACAGGCAAAAAACUUUGGGGUGUUAAUCAGCAAGGUUACCUGAGCUUCUGGGAAGCAUCCUUGCCCAGCAAUUUUCCACCUGCUAACAUUGUUCAGAUUGAGAAGCUGGAGUGCCCCCUGCUGUACAUUGUGGGCGAGGACGACUUAAGCUGUGCAAGUAUGGUGAACGCAGACGAGAUCGAGAAAAGAUUGCUGGCUGUUGGCAAAUCUCACCUGUUCACUCGUGUCUCUUACCCUGGUGCGGGUCACCUGAUCGAGCCUCCAUACACCCCCUGUGCCCGGACCUCUUUGUGGGCAAAGCGGCCUACUAAAUUGUUUACCCAGUGGGGAGGAAAGCUAGCAGAACACGCAGCAGCUCAAGAGGACUCAUGGCAAAGGAUCCUGGGAUUUCUUGAGUGUAACUUAAGAGGGGAGCAGAGAACACAGUCCUUUUCUACAAAAGAACCAAAUCAACACAUUGUUCCAAAACAUCUGGACACCCUUUUCAAUUAAUUCAGCUAUGAUAAGGUGCACUCAGUGCUGACAAAGGAGUUUAAUUGCAAA